CCAGCCCGCCGCGCGCCGCCUGCCCGCCGGGGCCGCCUCCGCCUCCCGCCUCCCUCCCGCCGCAGGAUCGGCGGCCCUUCGCCUCCCAGGAUCAUUCAUUUAUUGCACAGAAUAUUUCUUGAGCAUGUACUACAUAUUCCAGGCUCUGCUUUGAAGUCGGAAAAGGACCUGCUCUCAGAGAACUGACAUUCUCAUGAGUGGAGACAACCACUGAAAAGCACAUUGCUGUUUCAGCUUCUGCCCCUCUCUGCAAUACAAUAAGAGAAGGAAAUGAAGGAGCCACUCCUGUAAUUUUACCAGAUAAGCCCAGCAGGGUCAAUAGAGUUCCCAGGAAAAGGCUGCAGGCAUCUGAGGAUAAGCCACUUCCAGCAGCUUUGACCUGAAAGCCAACCUAGAAGACGGAUCCCAUUUACAAGUUGUUUUGGACACUCUCAAUAUUUACCUUCUCUUUUCUAGUCCACCCAGAUUCUUGAAAUGGACUGAAGCUGAAAAUUCAUCUACUUCUUUGUCUGAAUUUGAGACACAAUUGGGAUGACCUUAAGUGCACACAACUAGACUCCAACUGCAGCAAUGAGUUCAGACGAAAAGGGCGUCUCCCCUGCUCAUAAAACAUCCACUCCAACCCACAGAAGUGCCUCCACUUCAACGUCCUCCCAAAGAGAGAGUAGACAGAGCUCCCACGUUCUGGAGAGGACUGCUUCCUCUGGCACCGAGGCCUCCAUAAGUCGGCAAUUGCUGGAACCGGAGCCAGUCCCCAUCUCCAAGGAAGCUGACAGCUGGGAAAUUAUAGAAGGGUUGAAAAUAGGCCAAACCAAUGUCCAGAGACCAGACAAACAUGAAGGCUUUAUGCUGAAGAAAAGAAAAUGGCCUUUAAAAGGCUGGCACAAGCGUUUUUUUGUCCUGGAUAAUGGAAUGUUAAAGUAUUCAAAGGCACCACUUGAUAUUCAAAAAGGGAAAGUCCAUGGAAGCAUUGAUGUCGGACUCUCGGUCAUGUCUAUUAAAAAGAAAGCUCGGAGGAUAGACCUGGACACAGAAGAGCACAUCUAUCAUUUGAAGGUGAAAUCCCAGGACUGGUUUGAUGCAUGGGUCUCCAAACUGCGCCACCACCGCCUGUACCGGCAGAAUGAGAUUGUGAGGUCACCAAGAGAUGCCAGUUUUCAUAUAUUUCCUUCAACCUCCACAGCUGAAUCCUCACCAGCUGCUAAUGCUUCUGUCAUGGAUGGGAAGGUGCAACCAAACAGCUGUUCCUGGCAGUCGCCCUUGCCAUGCAGCAACAGCCUCCCCGCCACCUGCACCACUGGCCAGAGUAAAGUGGCAGCCUGGUUACAAGACUCGGAAGAAAUGGACAGGUGUGCAGAAGACCUUGCACACUGCCAAUCAAACCUUGUGGAACUUAGCAAACUCCUGCAAAAUUUGGAAAUACUUCAGAGAACUCAAUCAGCACCCAACUUUACUGACAUGCAGGCUAACUGUGUAGAUAUUUCAAAGAAAGACAAGCGGGUCACAAGAAGAUGGAGAACAAAAAGUGUCAGCAAAGAUACAAAAAUACAACUGCAGGAAGGGCCAUCUGUGAAGAGCCAGUUUGGCUCCACCCGGCGCCGGCAGAGGCUAGCAGCAGCAGUGGCUACAACAGUUCCUUUCAGUGCCACCAUGUCACCGGUCCGCCUGCACUCCUCCAACCCUAACCUCUGUGCAGACAUUGAAUUUCAGACUCCCCCGAGCCACCUCACUGACCCUCUGGAAAGUUCAACAGAUUAUACAAAACUUCAAGAGGAAUUCUGCCUAAUUGCACAGAAAGUUCAUUCCCUUUUGAAGUCUGCAUUUAAUAGCAUAGCUAUAGAGAAGGAGAAGCUUAAGCAGAUGGUUUCUGAGCAGGAUCACAAUAAAGGCCACAGCACACAGAUGGCACGACUCCGACAGUCACUGUCUCAGAGUGAAGGAGCAAGCAAAUCCUGGGCACUCAACCAGAAUGCUGAACUGAGGAGUCGGUUGAGCAGAAUACACUCAGAAUCUAUUAUUUGUGAUCAGGUUGUCAGUGUAAAUAUUAUCCCUAGCCCUGAUGAGGCUGGUGAGCAAAUCCAUGUCAGUCUCCCUCUGUCACAGCAAGUAGCAAAUGAGAGCCGCCUCUCCAUGUCAGAAUCUGUCUCUGAGUUCUUUGAUGCCCAAGAGGUGCUCCUCUCUGCAAGCUCCUCAGAGAAUGAGGCUUCAGAUGAUGAGUCUUACAUCAGUGAUGUGAGUGAUAAUAUCUCAGAAGACAACACCAGUGUUGCGGACAACAUUUCUCGGCAAAUCUUGAAUGGGGAGCUUACCGGAGGGGCCUUCCGAAAUGGACGCCGGACAUGCCUGCCAGCUCCGUGUCCUGACACCAGUAACAUUAACCUGUGGAAUAUCUUGAGGAACAACAUUGGUAAAGACCUGUCUAAAGUGUCUAUGCCUGUGGAGCUAAACGAGCCGCUCAACACUCUGCAGCAUCUCUGCGAGGAAAUGGAGUACAGUGAGCUUCUGGACAAGGCUUCGGAGACCGACGACCCCUAUGAGCGCAUGGUUCUUAUUGCUGCAUUUGCAGUUUCAGGAUAUUGCUCUACCUAUUUCAGAGCAGGAAGUAAGCCAUUCAACCCUGUCCUCGGGGAGACUUACGAAUGCAUUAGAGAGGACAAGGGAUUCCGCUUUUUCUCAGAACAGGUUAGCCAUCAUCCACCCAUUUCUGCCUGUCACUGUGAAUCCAAGAAUUUUGUGUUUUGGCAAGAUAUCAGAUGGAAGAACAAGUUCUGGGGGAAGUCGAUGGAAAUCCUGCCUGUGGGAACGCUGAAUGUCAUGCUUCCAAAGUAUGGAGAUUGCUAUGUGUGGAAUAAAGUCACCACGUGCAUACACAACAUUCUCAGUGGGCGGAGGUGGAUAGAGCAUUAUGGAGAAGUAACCAUUAGAAAUACCAAAAGCAGUGUUUGCAUUUGCAAACUCACAUUUGUCAAGGUGAAUUACUGGAAUUCCAACGUGAAUGAAGUCCAGGGGGUGGUGAUGGAUCAGGAGGGGAAGGUGGUGCACCGGCUGUUCGGGAAAUGGCAUGAGGGACUCUACUGCGGAGUGGCCCCCUCUGCAAAGUGCGUCUGGAGGCCAGGUUCCUUGCCAACCAACUAUGAGCUCUACUACGGCUUCACCAGGUUUGCUAUUGAGCUCAACGAGUUAGACCCUGUCCUGAAGGACCUCCUCCCGCCGACAGACGCCCGGUUCCGGCCAGAUCAGAGAUUUUUGGAAGAAGGAAACCUAGAAGCUGCAGCAGCCGAGAAGCAGAGGGUGGAGGAACUCCAGAGAUCCCGAAGGCGCUACAUGGAAGAAAACAACCUUGAACAUGUACCAAAAUUUUUUAAGAAAGUGAUUGAUGCCAAUCAAAGAGAAGCCUGGGUUUCCAACGACACCUACUGGGAGCUGCGAAAGGACCCUGGGUUUAGCAAAGUAGACAGCCCUGUUCUCUGGUAACCCGGGGAUGUAGAGCUGGCCAACACAUCACGCUCCGAAUGAAUUGCUAACUAUGCACAAUUGUGUUCCUUAGAGCUCUGCGUGGUUUCUGGGCCGACGGAGGGCCGGCCAUUUGCUUUUCGAUUCGCCUUUCUAACGGACUUUCAGAAGUGCAUUAGACAAGGCCCCUGACCACGUUUGGAUCCUUUCUGUUUUGCUGCAACCAUAUUCCUUAAAAAAAAAAAAAAAAAAAAAAUUAAAAAAUAAAAAUAAAAUCCACCCCCUCCUCGGGAAGAAGAUUUAAAGGAGCAGAAUGUAACAGUCCAAAGGCUAACGAGUUUAUAGAGACACACACACUGUAACCGGUGCUUACAGCUGAUGCGGAGAGUUUAAAGCAACGUGACAUAAACCGUGCGUUGGGUCCUUGUUUUCGGGAGGCGCCGUUCCCUCCCCAGAGGAGCCCCUGGGCUCAGCCUGGAGUGUGUCGUGGAUGUGGUGUGCCCGUGCGGGCCUUGUCCAUGGAGACGUGAUGCUUCUCAGAACCUGUCCUCUCUGUACGCCAUUGUUCAUGCCUUAAAAAAAACGCAAAGAUGUACAAUAAAUCUUUUUUUUUUUUUUUUUAACGUGUGCUCAUAGGUUUAUGUGGAGGGCGGACCUUUUGUAUCAUGGCAUGAUUCACUUUCUGGGACCAGGACCAUCAGGAGUGUCACUGAAGUGGAUGGAAAAAAAGGAAACAACAUGUGCUUUACUUGGAUGUGUCGGUGACUGUGUAGGGUGUCUGCAGGGCAAGGAGGAAGCGGUGCGCCAGGUCCAUUUCUGUGUUCACAUCGCUUGUCAAGCUCCCGUCCCGCGUCCAGAUAACGAACCGUCCCUCGUGCACCUCGCCUCACGGUGUGUCCUAUUCCUGGCAAUAUCUGUGUUGGAUUUGGACGCUUGGCAUCCGUGUUAAAGCCUUGGAAAGCAAUAACAAUAAGCAGAUGGCAGUUCUGGUUGGGCUGAGGGGCACUAGAAGUGUAAGUGUCUCUGAGUGAAGCACAAUGUAAUAAUAAUAUGCAUUACUGUCCUAUGCCCAGCCCAGUGGCACCAGUGUGAAUCCCACUGGGAGCAGAAGCAAGGAAGCUAGUAGCUUAUUUGCAUUGUCUAAAUGAGUUCUAUGCAAAUCCUAUUUUACCAUUCUCAUCAAGUGGUUCUGUCUGGUACAUGACCAUAUCUUAAGCAGUUCCCUUGCUGUUGGCAGAGAUACGGAACUUAAGCUAAGGAGUUUAUACGUUCCAACGAAACGGAGGGGACAGAAAUGAGUUUUGAAUACUUCAGGAUUGGUUCUUUCCCUCAGGAUUCAGAGGCUUUUGUAGGAAACUUGCAACCAUAUUCCUGAGUUUCUGCAUGUAGGUGACUAUAAAAAUGUAUUUUUUUAAUCUCCCUAGAGAUUAGUUAUUAAAUGACAUAUAGUUAACUCCUAGUUAGGUUUUUAUUCUAGAUUCUGACCAUGAGGUUUUAAGUGUUAUUUUAAGCUCUGGCAAUGAGGUUACUGGCGUUUUACAUUUUGUUAAAAGGUGUUGAUUUUAGUUAUUAUUUCUCAGCAAAGUUUUCCUAAUAACGGCUAAUCCUCUAUCAAAUCUGAACUGCUUAUGAGAGCAUAAGGCGAGCUCUGAAGUUUCUACUAUGUGGAGCAAGAUUUAAAACAUCCCUCCUUUGAUCUGGACCCUGCAUCAUGUGUGCAGUGUGCAUCGCUUUAGAAGGAAAUUUCAUUCUCCAGUAAAUUCCAUUGCCAGAUCUAAGUGUUCCACUUAAGCAACCCCCACCCUCGGUUUCUCAAUGCCGUUGCAUCCCAUUUUAAAUCUAUAGGUUGUUUGCUUGGAGGUAGUAAAGAUUUUCCCUUGUUAUUGAUUGCUUUUCUCAACUUCCUGUUAUCUGCAUCUUGAGAGACAUGCCUAUAAUUUUCAUUAGAAUUAAAAUUCUAUCUCUUCCUCCUAAAAGUGUGCUGUCCCCCAAUUGGUAAAGCUUUAAGUACGGUGUGAAGUGGUUCCGGUCUGUACUUAACUAGUGUUUCCGUGAACAGCCUCAAACUGUUUCACCUUAAGAUAAGGCGGAGUUUUACAAAGCAGAGGUGUUACAGUAGGUAAGUCAGAAGGGGGAGGUAUAAAGAUACAUUGAGUCCUCUAUCCAUCAGUCACCAAUGGAUAUAUCAUCAGUGAGACAGCUGGGAGAGGAUCAGCACCCAUCAAGGAAGCAACUACUGUUUGGGUUGUAAUUGAGAAAAAGAAUAACUAAUAGAGAGGACCUGUACUGGUUAAUAAGUUCCAGCCACAAAUCAGGAGGUGAAUGUUGGUCAAAGCUCACCUGAAACUCUGAUUAGGAUUUUAAGCUGAGAAUGAGAAAGAGUGGCAAAUCCAUUGAAAUCACAUCUUAUAAUGUCCCAGAUUUAGAAUUUCUCGAGACUCGGGCUUCUUGAUUAGACUUCCAAUACAAGUGGUCCAUUAAAGUUGAGGUAAUACUCACAUAUUACCAGCUUCAUAAGCCUCCCGCUCAAGUAUUCAGAAUGUAAUGGUAUUAUCCCUCAUUUCAUUUUUACUUCUGCUUGACAGAGCAGUUUAUAGAAUUGGGAGACUUAUUUCUAGUUAGAAUUUUCAUCUGUAAAUUUUGAGACUAAACAGCAAAAGGAUAGAACAAAUAUUAGGUCCCUCUUGAUAAAACCUGAUUUAUUUUUUAGAAUUUUACGUAAUUCUUUUUAUUUUCAGGGUGCUUUUAUUUGUUUCCCCCUAAAACGACAGAGGAUAGAGGAGGACUCAAUGUUCCUUUGUACCUCCCCUGUGAGGUAUUCCUCAACUCCUUCCCGUCUGAGCUGCUCAUUAAGGAAAGCAGGACGAAGGGACGAUGUUCCUGUGGUGUGACCAGACUGCACAGAUCGAUGGCACACACCAGCCCAGACAGACACCAAUUAUUCUGCUUCUGUGUGCUGCCACCAGGGUGCAAUUUACCCUCAGACUUUGCUGUUACUUUAUUGUGUUUUUUUAAAGUCAUAUCUCAUGAUUACUCUAAAACCCUCCCAUUGAUGUGUCUCUCGCAUCAAUGUUCUCUCUGUCUCUCCCUCUCCUUUCCAUUCUCUCUAAAAAGUCAAUGGAAAAAUAUCAGGUGAGGAUUAACCAAAAAAAAUUUUUUAAUGAAAAAUAAAAUAAAAUACCCCAUACUUUCCAGGCAAUUGCAAAGAUAAAACUCACAUGAGAUACCUUUUCAUAUUACAUAUCAAUUAUAUGUAAUAAAUUAUAUCAAUUAUAUGUGACCAAAAAAAACACAUACACACACUUACCAAAUGUAUUUUCAGAGUAAGAUAAACAAAUGGAAUUUUUUUGAAUAUGAGAGAUGCCAAGUUGUCAUUUUCCAAACCCUUGCUCCUCAUUAUUCUGACCCCAUGCCUUCCAGUCACUCAUCAGAUCCCAUCCUAUGGAGUACUGGGGGGGGGAGGGGGGGGCAGGUUCAAAGGGGAAACUGAUAAAACUUCUUUUGCUUGGUUCUGGUUACAGCCGUGGCUGGAGAAGUGUUGAUCAUCAUAAUCUAAUGUACGUUUUUGUUAUUACCCUGUGGGUUUUAAUUAUCCAUCUUGUCUAAUCUUGUUCUCUGUCAGCCUAGAUAACGACGUGUCAGUGGGAGCAGAGCUCCGCGCACACCAGAGGGUGUACACAUGUUUGCACUCAGCUCAAGUGGUCCAUGGUGAAUGUGGCACAGUAAAUAACGUUUGUGUACAAAAUACUGGUCUAUUUCUAUGGGAGCCAUUAUGUCAGGAUGUAUAAAAUGUAUCUAAUUAAACAAUUAUGAAUCUA